GAUGGCUUCAAAAGACCACUCUCGUGGAUCUGGGAAUCCUGGGCAAACUAAUUCCCUUCCUUUCGAGAAGGACAGAAAAACCCAUUUCCUCCUUCUUUCUAUUCCAGGCUUCGUUCCUUUUUCCAAAGACUCGCCUCUCGGGAGCACAGAGAGAUCCAUGUGCACAAAGUGCUCGUCCAACCUGCAGCCAUUGAGGCAUGCUCUGGCCUCAGCCCCCAAGAACAGGCCUUGCCAGAGAAGCCCCAGGGAAGAAAAUGCUCAUGGACCAUCAUGAAAAGACUCUGUGUCUGUUGCCAAUCCCACAACUCGAUGGCAGAGAGCAGUGAGGAGAGAACAGCUUCCUCUCCAAGAAGGUGGACACACUUGUCCCUGAAGAAGAAAGCAGCGGAGACCCAGGUGGAGGCAGAGGAGGUGAAGCUGCAGGAGACGACAGACAAAGUCGAAGUGGAUCUUACAGGGACGAAGAAGGAGCCGUCUGACACGAAGGGGAAGUGGGAAAAAGGAAGCCCAGAAGAGCAGGAAGAAGAGCGCACUCCCAGCCCCUCAUUAACAAGCAGCUCCCAUAUGACGAUGACCCCCAGGGAGCACCCUUCCUCAGCCCCGCUCCAUGCCCUGCUGAUGGCAGCCGUGAAGGGUCUGACAACACCCACCCUGCAGAGAUUUAGAGCCGCAGAGGAAGAGCUGAGGGCCAUCGUAUCUCUCCACGGAGACAAGAUGGAGAGAGUUGGAGACGUCGUGGGAGGGAUCUUAAUCUGGCUCGACAACAGCUGUGAUCCCAGAGCCAGAAGAGCAGUGCUCAGGGCCAUGGCCUUGCUGGCUCGCUCCCACCCCCAGGACGUGGUUCUAACCUGUGUGGCUCACACGCUCUCAUCGCACAGAUGUGCCAUUGAGUUGUGGAAGGCCUUGGGUGAAGAACCACAGCUCACCAGGGAGGUGCUGCAGCAGCUGCUGGACAAGCUCCAGCAGAGACGCCAGGAGGAGAAGAGCAGCCAUGUGUCUCUGGCUGCAAUGAAGACCAUUUAUGAGCUCCUUUUCCUACGGGGAUACCGAGAAGCCAUCCUGCAAAUGUAUCCCCAGCUGCUCAUUCUCUGCGUCAGGCAAGUGCAGUACGUGAUGGAUCAGCACUUGCCAGGGACCUACAUGGCCAGGCAGACAUCCAGCCCCGAGGAGGGAUGCAGCUGCCUCAGUCUCCUAAGCACCUCAGUGGAGGCUGUGAAGACGCUUUUCUCCAUGCCCGGCUACUGGAAGGAAUUUGCCAGCAUCCAGUUUCAUCGGGGUUGGGACAUGAUAGCCUCCCGAUAUCACUACUCGCAGGGGGUUGGCCUGAUUGCAAGAGCCAUGAUCGAGUUUGAGAACCCUCAGCUCCCUGCAGUUUUCAGAGAGGCAAUCACCAUCGUCCAGAGUGGGAAGGAGGAGGAGCAGAGAACUAUCGCCCUGGCUUUCUGCACUGAGUUUCUCCAGAGUCCUUCCAUUGACACCAUCCUGACAAGAUCAGCCCUCCAGGCACAGCUCAUGGACUGGACCAAAGAUGCAAAUUCCAUCAUACGGAGGCUCAGUCUGCGAGGCCUUGGCAGUAUUGUGUUCCAGCCAGAAAAGGUGCAAUUCUUACGGGCCCAGCUGCCAGCAAUCCUGGCCAUGUUUUGUGACAGGGAUGGAAGGCGUGUCAUGGAGGCCAUGCAUAAAGCUGCAGACAUCAUCCACCUCCUCAACAGGGAGGGGCUUGGCUCCAUCUCCCAGGACAUUGCUGUCAGCCUUCGCCCCUUCAUUGAUGACGAGAAGGGCAGUGUGCGCUCAGCUGCCAUUGUACUGCUUGGCAACGUGGUGAGCAGGGUGCAGGACCCCGACAAACCCUUCGUGCAGCAGGAAAUCAUCCACUGCUUGCUCCCCCUGCUGCUGCAUCUUGAAGACCAGGAGGAGAGUGUGAAACUGUCAUGUAAACUGACGCUCUUCCGCUGCGCAGUGUUCCUCAGGUGGGCUCAUUUGAAGACCCUCUCCCACAGCUUGGCCUGGGAUGGCUCCUCACAGCUCUUGAAGUGUGUCUGGAUCUGCUUGAUGCAGAACAACGAGAGCCACAUCCCCAAAUUCCUGUUCCAGGCCUUACAGUACCUGGAAAGCUCACAGACAACAAUAAGACAUUCAGCAGCCCGAUUCAUUGGAAAUACUAUCCACCAUUACUGUGAUUUGUUGUCUGAAACAGUGAAUGAAGAUGGCAUCUCCCGCCUGUAUGAAGCUUUUCACGAAGUGCCUUUGAAAUCAGACAGGACCACGUGGUACAUCCUCAACAGAUAUUAUAAAUGGUUGCAGAAGCUUGGAAAUCUCGUGUCGGGUUCUGCAUUUGACUAGGGAACCGGGACCGACACAGACGAGCUCUUUGUCCUGCUAUGACAUCGAGAGGCCAACAGGAGCCAAUUGAGCCCACCACUGAUCCCAUCUCUUGUGAGAUGGCAAAGCAACUUUGCAUGGGAAGGAGGAGACACAAGAGGCCGAGCAGCAUGUGCCGGGCUGAACCAGCCACACAGAACCCCAUAGUCUAGGUGGAGAAAGCCAAGCCCCGCCCCAGCCCUGCCGGACAUGCUCCAACUGGAGCACCAGUGUGUAAGCGAGCAGCUCAGACCGAUGAAAAUGGAGAAUGCACACUGUAGGCUCCAGUCCAGAAGCAGCUCAAGCCCCUGACUGCAGAGCUCUGAGGUGCCGAGACCCAGCCACGUCCCUGGGGGCCUGCAGACAUGCAAGGGAGAUCGGAGACUCUGGGAGUUUCCCACGCCGGGAACCCAGAGACCCCCAGCCCAUGGCCUAGAGACAUCUCCAAGGAAGUAACCUGGGUGAACUAGCCAUUGUCAUCCGCAGUGCUGGAUCCCCACUGACUCAAUGGCACUGAAGGGCAGCUAUACAGACUCCGGCCGUUGGGCCACACAGCAUUGAGGGAGAGAGUAGCCAUAUUGUCCGUUGCCAUCGGGCCACACGGGCGUAAGAGACAGGAUAGACAUAUGGACAAUGAGCGUUGAGCCAC